AUGACCACUACGUUCUUAACCACGUCGCCGAUUCCUUCUGCUGCUGCCUCCGCUUCUGCCCCGGCCUCGGCCUCGUUCAAAGAGAAUGGACAGUCAACUUGCAAUCCCAUUGAAACUGCGACUGAUGAGUCAAAACCAAGAACAUUCACCUCGCAAGUCAAUUUCAAACCACAGCAACUCUAUGUAUCGACACCACUAUCACCUCCAUCAAAGGCCAUUCAUAAACCAUCACCCAUGACGACAUCAACGGUAGAAGCAACUCCCAGGCCUUCUCCGUUUUCAAAAAGAGUCUCCUUCAACAACUUGAACCCGGAAGACGACUCAAAUGUGCUCAGCAACCAACCAAUCUACAAUCAAGCUGGUAGCAACCCUAGUUCUCCUUCUUCUUAUUCCCAGUUUAAACGAAACAACAGUGGCUCAUCGGCUCAAAAUGUCCUGUCGCUAUUAUCAGGUGUACCGCAAGUGAAGAAACCAGAUAUUGUGCUAUCGUCAGUGUUUAUGACCAACGCCAACCCCAAUCAUUCUACUAGCAUUGCUCGCAAGAGAAGGUUAAAACUACCGAGUCCUCCAGAGAAAUCCAUCUUGAAAAAUCGAGUGUCACGGCAACAGUUGGAUUAUAAUGAACGAUUCCAGGGCAAAAUCGCAGAAGGAACAAUCAAUUACCAUGAAGAUGAUAUUGACAUUCAUGUUAACGAUAACGAUAAUGAUGAUAACGAUAAUAAUGAUAAUAAUAAUAAUGACGCAGAAGGAGAAGAUAAUGAUGAUGACGACGAUAAUAAUGAAGAAGCAAUUGAUGCUAGUGCCGAGGCUGGUUCCCCAAUCAGUGGACCAAUUGCAGCUAAACCUAGACGAAAAUCAUACGCGGAAAUGACCGAUGAAGAGUUGAUGGCACUAGAUCCGCAGUUUUCCAACUUCAAGUCCCGGGCAACCACGUUUGACUCGUUUAAAUUUGAUAACCAAAAGAUGUUUUACCGUGAAGAACGAAGAUCGUCGGCAACUCAAGUUGCUGCUGCUUUGAAACUGCAACAAAAACAACAACUGCAGCAGCAGCAGCAGCAUCCUUACCCAACAUCAAACGAAAACAACUAUAGAUCCAUUGCAUUAACUGUGAGGCACAACCGCUAUGACCAAGUGGACUUCAACAGAACUAUAGUCACGACAAUCUCGGGAAGAAAACACACCUGGCAUUCUCUUGACUGGCUAUUGCAAAUUAACAAUGUUGACGGUCUGGAACAACAACUGUCGCUGUUUUUGGUUGAUGGCGACCACUUGGUGGUUACCAGCUUGAUUUCCAAAGAUUACAUCAAGGAGUAUAACUGCAAGAGAAGGAAAUUGGCGUUGGAAGUCUACCUACAACAAAAAUGCACCAACUUGCUAGACUACCUCAAGGAGUACCUUGUAAAACUCGAUUUGAAAGUAAAGAUGACGGUGGAAUUUGUUAUUGAUGGUGACAUUAACGACUAUUACUCAUUUCUGGAAAAUGGCGUAAAAUUCAUGAUGCAUCAUGUCUAUAAACAAUAUCAACCAAACCUAUGUGUGCUUGGCAACAAGAGCUCCAAUUUAAAUUUCAAGUACCCCAUCAAGAUUAAGAAAUCGGCACACGACGAGUACAUGAUCAAGAUAUCGUCCUACAUUGUCAAAUAUUCGCCAGUUCCAGUGGUUUUGGUGGGGGGCUCGCAGCAUCAUCAAGAUUUAUUCUCCGCCAAGAGAAGAAGGAAAUCAGACGUUGAUACGCCAAAUCUCCCCAAGAUUACCUUUUCCGAUGUCGAGCAGGUUACAUCGCCAAUUUCCCCAAAGGACUCGUCUUUUCUUAUCAAACCUACAAUCACCAACUCCAGUGCAACUUCAAACAACUCGAAUUCUUCAAACUCAAACUCCUCUUUGGAUUCGUCUGUUGAAUCAUUUUCACCCAGGGAAUUGCUAACGAACAAUAACAACAUAAAUAGCAAAAAUAACGAGGAAGGUGAAGAAGGUAGAGACCCCGAGUUGCGACAAUUUGAUUCGCGGCCUCAACAUGAUAUCGAACCUGAAGAGCAGUCGGAAUUGGACAAAAUCAAGUCACUUCCCUUUGACUCGCCCUUGAAGCUCCAAAAAUGGAUCUCCUUCAUCUCAGACCAAUCAUACCAAGGGUCGGUCAAUUACAUCCAAGCCGUCAACUCCAAAGAUGACUCGCUCAAGAUUGACGACAAGAUCCACCAGAUUUAUAAAUCUCAGUCGGGUUGUGCUGGAGCUGGCAGUGGAGGUAGCGGUGGGAACAGUAGAGGCGGAAGUUUUAGUGGUGGCACCAGUGGCAUUUUAUCCAACACAAGUCGCGACGGAAGCGUUUCGCUGUCGACGGAUGGCAACAUUUACAAGGUUAAAUCGCUCAUCUCAAUUAAAGACGACGAAGAAGUGAAGAAGAAGCAGGAGUUGAGACGCAAGCGGAAUAGCAAUGGUGCCAGUAUUGGUUCAAACAUUCGCGGCAACAGCAGCAAGAGCAGCUUAUCCAGUUGUGAUGGUAGCAAAGGGUCAUCCACCAAGGACAAGAAGACCGAAAAGAAGCCAGAAAAGAAGACCUCUUUUUGGAAGAAACUCGGGUUCAAGAAGUGA